UUUCUCACCUCCCAGCCUCGUAGAUACAACAGCUAUAAAAACCCCUCGAUCGGCGACCAGCAAACGUCGGGGCCUCGCCUUGAAUUCAGAUCCUUCGAAUGGGCUUAUUUUCUUGUUGUUCCUCGCGCGGUCGUGCUCCUUCGGAUCGCCCUAAUCAAUCCUCUGGCGCGAACGCAGCAGCUUCUCCCACGAUGGCUGAUGUGGAGUUUCUAGCUCUCACCACCAAGCCUUCGGCGCGGUUGGCUUACACCUUCCAAGCCCCUGAGGCAACCACCAAGCCUGUACUGGUAGUCUUCCUGAACGGUCUGGGACUUCCUCAAGCCUUCUGGCAGCCAGUCAUUGCUCAAUUGAAGACACUCCGCCAAGGUGGCAGUCUCCCCGCCUUUUUGACCUACGAUCGCUUCGGUCAGGGCCAGACUACCGAUCGUGAUCCCCAGGAUGCAGGAGCCGAGGAUCCCACUCAUGGCCACGACUGUCUAGCCUCUGUGCAGGAUCUGCGCCAAUUGCUCGUCCAGAUUACCACUGAGAAACUGGGUGUCUCCGACGUGGACUCCGUGUCGCUGAUCCUGGUCGGCAACUCGAUCGGCUGUGCGCUUGCCCGUCUCUACGCGCAGGAAUACCCCUGUACCGUUGCUGCUCUAUUGCUGCUCGACAGUGUGCUGGCCAACUCCGACUUCGUCUCCGUCUUCCCCGACCCCGACGCUCCCGACUUCGAUCCUGCCAGCAUCCAGCCGAUCCCCGUUGAAGCUAUCCGUGCGGUGCGGGCCGGUGCCCGUCGCAUCUUCCACCCCGAUGUCGGCAGCAAAGAAGGUCUCAGCCGGCGCAACCUGCGCGAGUUGCUCCCUGCCAGCGACGGGCCCCAGCUCAAGGGACCGGAUGGCCACGGCCCGUACGUCACGGUGGUGGGCCACGACUUCGAUACCUUCGCUGAGGAGUCGGCCAAGAUGGGCCCGCCCAAGGGAGUGACGAAUCGCUUUGUCAACCCCUACUGGCAGCGGUACAACGAGGGAUUGGCCAAGAUCACAGAGCCCGAUUACAGCAAAGGGCCCAUCAUCGCGCCUAACGCGGGCCACUUUGUGCAGAAGGACAACCCGGAGUUUGUGGUGCAGGAGCUGAAUGAGUUGUUGGAGAAGGUUCUGUAGGAUGAUGAUGAUUGACUAUGAGAUAUUUUCUUUAAAAUUCUAUUUGUUUAAUUGAGACACUGUAAACGUGGCUUCGUAAUUCGUGACCAUGUGCAUGGAAAUAUGAU